CCUCAAACGACCUGCUGACCAGGGGUGGCCUGAUCUCGGGCCUACUAGCGAUGCUGCAACGCUGUAUGAUUCAUAGUAGAGGCAGUGUGAAGCUUGCAGCACGCCUCUACAGCACACAUACACUGGUCCGAUCAGGAAAAGUCACAACAGCUACCCUCGCAAAGCUCUACAGACAGACAACCCCCAUUUCCGUUGUCACAGCGCAUGACUAUCCUUCUGCUCUAGCUGCCAACAAGGCAAAUAUCGAUAUCAUUCUAGUGGGCGACUCACUCGCCAUGGUAGCGUGCGGGUAUGAUGACACAACACAGCUCUCUAUGGAAGAAAUGCUCUUUCAUUGUCGCAGUGUCAAGCGAGGUGCUAAGAACGCCUUUCUUGUUGCUGACUUGCCGUUUGGUUCGUUUGAGGUAUCCCCAGAACAAGCCAUGCGUUCAGCGAUACGAUUGGUCCAAGAAGGCGGUAUGGAAGCCGUCAAACUAGAAGGUGGUCGUGAAAUGGCAGAGACAGUGAGGAAGAUCACGCGGCAUGGGAUCAGCGUCAUGGGUCAUGUUGGCUUACUUCCACAACGACAAGCGAGUCUUGGUGGCUUCAAAGUUCAAGGGAAAACGGCAGAAGGUGCUGAAGCAGUCCUACAGGAUGCAUUGGCGCUACAAGAUGCUGGAUGUAUGUCGAUUGUCCUUGAGGCAAUCCCAGCACCCGUUGCUGAGAUUGUCACACAGCGACUACGGAUACCGACCAUUGGUAUUGGCGCUGGUGCCGCAUGUUCAGGACAAGUCCUAGUACAGAUGGACAUGCUCGGUGUGUUUGACCGGUUUGUGCCACGUUUCUGCAAACAGUAUGAUCAGCUUGGUGGCAGGACCAGCGAGGCCAUCACUCGAUAUAAUGAAGAAGUCAAGGCAAGACGGUUCCCGGCAGAGGAACAUACAUAUCCGGCGGACAGCCCUGCGCUCGCUGCUUGGGUGGCCAAGAACAAGGCGAGCUAGCCGAAUGCUGGUGUCAGAGAGUAAGAGAGGACCAAUUGGUUGUCCGACUUGAAGCAAGCGUGCAGAUUGUGCAAUAGCUCAUCGGGAGCAGGUAUGAAGCUCAUAUUAACGUAGACGUA